AUGCACCAGCCUCGCGCUCGGGAAACUGAAGAACAAAAGGAAGAAAAGAAGACUUUCUACAGCCCCAUCAGGGAGCAGAUUUUGGAGCACAAGCGAAAAGAGCAGAAAAGGAAGAUGGAAGAAAAAGUGAAAGCUCUCGUCCGUCAGCGAGGGGCAGUGAAGUCGAAAUUGACGCGCAUCAGCACGGCUUUGGUCGACGUAGUGGAGGGAAGGCAAAAUCCUAACCUCAAAAACAUUCCGUUUUUGCGUCAAAACUCUAAAAAUGUGGACGCUUGUUAUCGCGAGUACAACACCAUCCAAAAUGAAAUUGUCGCGUUGCCCCUCUCUGACGAUGCGAGAACGGAACAAGAGAACCGUUACAUCGAGUUCGAGCACCUGUACAACGAGGUCAGCAUCAAGUUGGAGACCUUGUUGGAAACCGCCGUCAAACGGGAGCAGCGCCUACCGUUGGCGUCGGCGAAUCAGCUCGUCCCGGCGAAUGCGGCUGCCGCUGCUUUCCAGCCGCCGCCGUUGAGUGUUCCGCUUCCGAGUUUUGAUGGAAACUACGAGAAUUGGAAGUCCUUCAAGUGUAUGUUCACGACGAUCAUGGCGCGCUACCAGACGGAGUCCCCGGCAAUCAAACUCUAUCACCUCAAGGAUUGUAUGAAGGGAAAGGCGAUGGGGUUCAUCGAUGAGGAGACCAUUAAAAACAAUGAUUAUGAUGCUGCCUGGGCCAGUCUGGAGGAGAGAUUCGAGGACAACCGCCUCAUCAUCGAUAAACAUAUCGAGGCGCUCUUCAACCUUCCCAAGAUCACCAAGGAGAGUGCCGAAGAACUCCGGAAGCUACUGGAUACGUGCACCAAGAACGUCAACGCCCUCAAGAAUUUGGACCUUCCAGUUGUGGGACUAGGAGAACAGAUGUUGCUCAACGUUCUGUCUGCCAAGAUGGACAAAGAUACCAGGAAGACCUGGGAGACUCGCCAGAAAGCUGGUCAGCUGCCAGCGUACGGAGCGACGAUCGCAUUUCUCAAGGAACGCUGCAAGAUUCUGGAGAAGAUCGAGGUCAACACGAAGUCAAACUCGGAAGCGACGAAGCCAUCCCGUGCGGUGGCUAGAAGCAACACGUUGGUGUCAACGACGGAGCAAAAGUGUGCAGUGUGUAAAAGUGACCACGAGUUGUGGAAGUGUGAUCAGUUCAAGAACUACAGUGCCAAAGAAAAGUACAGUGUUUUGAGAAAAAGUGGUUCCUGUUACAACUGCCUACAGCGCGGACACCGCCUCAGCGAGUGUUCAUCGAGUUCCUGCCAGAAGUGUGGCAAACGCCACCACACUCUGCUGCACGUCGGAGAUAGGAAGCCGGCAGAUCCGUCGUCCAAGAACGAAGAAGCGGAUUUGUGCCGGUCGAAAGAGCCGCAGGUUCGGACGGAACAGGCAACUGGUUCUAGCAGCACCCGAUCGGAGACGACCGCAACGCUUUGUGCCCAGGUCGAGAGAUCCGUGAACGUCACGCUCCUGUCAACUGCCGUCGUCCUGGCCUACGGCAGUGGAGGCGUCAGCUAUCCGUGCAGAGUCCUCCUAGACUCAGCGUCCCAAACGCACUUCGUGACUGAACAGUUCGCAAAAUUACUCGCUCUCGAAAGACAACCCGCCAGUUUCCUCGUCAGCGGAUUGAACGGUUCGGACACGCGCAUUCGAUCCAAGAUCGAAGUCCGUAUCGAGUCACGAGUCAACGAAUUCAGCUUGGCACUCGAGACGCUCAUCGCACCGAAGAUCACCGGGGAACUACCGUCCUACUCAAUCGACGUUCGCAACUGGCCGCUCCCGCCAGGGACUGAACUCGCGGACCCUGCGUUCUUCAAGCGUAACAAAAUCGACAUGCUGAUCGGUGCGGAUGUUUUCUGGGACCUCAUCAAGAGCGAGCAAAUCGAGAUGGGGCCGAACUUGCCAACGCUGCGUGACACGAAACUUGGCUGGAUCGUCGGAGGAUCGGUGUCCAGUGCAAGUCCAGCGAAACUACGAACCCUCUGCACGGUGACUGAGGAUGACCGCCUCAGCGACAUCCUCAAGCAGUUCUGGACGAUCGAAGGCAGCGACGAGCUGCUGGCCCCCGGACCCGGCGACACGGCAUCGAAUGCCGAAUGUCUUGAGCAUUUUCGCCGUACUCACCAGAGGGACGGCGAAGGACGAUACAUCGUCAGACUUCCGUUCAACGAGCGGAAGAACCAGUUGGGCGAUUCGAAGCAGAUGGCCAUGAAACGCUUCCUGACCGUCGAGCGGCGACUCGACAGAGAACCGGAACUCAAACAACAGUACGCCGCAUUCAUGCAUGAAUACGAGAACCUGGGCCACAUGCGUGAGGUCCGCACGGAAGAUGCAGACAACGGUGGACCGGCGUACUAUCUCCCGCACCACUGUGUCAUCAAACCGACAAGCACGACGACCAAGCUGCGGGUGGUGUUCGAUGGCUCCGCCAGGACCACGUCCGGCGUCUCACUAAACGAUGCCCUGAUGACCGGACCGACCGUCCAAAACGAUCUGAUGGCGAUACUCCUGAACUUCCGGUGCUACCGGUUCGCGCUCACCCUGGACAUCCCAAAAAUGUAUCGCCAAGUGAGGAUCAACCCCGACGACGCACGAUUUCAGCGAGUGUUUUGGAGAGACGACAAGAACCAGCCGCUGAAGAUCUUCGAUUUGCUGACCGUAACGUACGGUCUCGCCUCGUCACCGUUCCAAGCGACGAUGACCCUGAACCAGCUCGCCGACGACCACGGAGCAGAAUUUCCACGCGCUGCCGCUGUGUUACAAAGCUCUUGCUACAUCGACGACGUUUUGACGGGUGCGCAGUCUCUUGACGACGCACUUCAACUGCAACGAGAGAUCGUCGGGUUGCUGCGAUGCGGUGGAUUCGCCGCACACAAGUGGUGCUCAAACGCGCCCUCGAUUCUGGAAGCCAUUCCGGAAGCACAACAAGGAGCCAAACUGAACGUUGCUGAGAUCGAUUUGAACGCCCUCGUAAAAACACUCGGAGUUGCCUGGCAACCGGCGAGCGACACGUUCUCUUUCGAUGUGGUGGAUUUCGAGCCAGCUAGCAACGAGCGACUCACUAGGCGGAAGGUCGCCAGCCAGGUUGCUAAGAUCUUCGACCCGCUAGGGUUCAUCGGGCCGGUCCUGACCGCGGCCAAAUUGAUCCUGCGCGGAGUGGGGUCUCUCAAGACGGACUGGGACGAACUCGUUCCCCCGAACAUGGGUCGACAAUGGCAGUCAUUCCGGCGUGAGCUGCCGGUUCUGAAGAAACUCCGCCUGCCGAGGUGGAUUCUGUACAAGGAGAUGCAGUUCGUGGAGCUGCACGGGUACUGCGACGCGUCGGACCAAGCCUACGGCGCCUGCAUCUACACUAGGUUGACUCGACUGGACGGAUCGACCGUCAUGAAGCUGGUAUGCAGCAAGUCGAGAUUGCUCCCCAAGGCCACCAAGAAGAAGAAAGAGAUUUCAACACCGCGCGGCGAACUGCUGGCGGCGCUACUGCUCGCCCGUUUGGUAACCAAGGUGCUGUCGUCGACAAGUACGACGUUCGCGUCAGUCAACCUGUGGAGCGACUCCCAAAUCGUACUCAGCUGGAUUCGAAAGCCGCCGCAACAUCUGCAGUUGUUUGUGGCCAAUCGAGUAGCAGAAAUUCAGCGACUGACUGGAGCUUUUCGCUGGGGCUACAUUUGCACUGACUCCAAUCCUGCUGAUUUGAUCUCCCGGGGCACAACUCCGAACAAGCUGCUGAAGAGCCCCAUCUGGUGGGAUGGCCCGCCUGCAGUGCCGACGACAACUGACGCCGGACCGAUGAUUCCCGAUGAGAGACUCCCAGAACUGAAAUCAGCGGUUGCGCUCGCUUUGACAGCUGUUGAACGAUUGAAAGCCUUCGACGACGUGAGCGACUUCUUCAAGCUGCGGCGCGCCAUGGCCUACGUCGCUCGAUUUGCAGAGUUCAUCGUUUCAAAGCGCAAGAAGGUGACCAAGGGGUGGCUCACUGGUAAGGAGAUCAAGCGUGCGGAGGGAAUUAUCGUGAAGCUGGUUCAAGCCGAGGCGUUCCACACCGAGAUUGCUGCACUACUGGACGACAAGAGAGCACGGCACCGGCUGUGCGGACUCAACCCUUUCCUUGACGUCGAUGGCCUCCUGCGGGUCGGUGGGCGCAUCAAACACGCCUUCAUCCCGUACGACAGUCGCCAUCAGAUGGUGUUGCCGGCCAAGCAUCCGGUAACCGAGCUCCUCAUUCGGCACCUGCACGAGGAGAACUUGCACCUCGGCCAACGGGGACUUCUCGCCGUCGUCAGACAGAGGUUCUGGCCGCUCAAUGUGAAGACGACGAUCAGGAAGGUGGUCCGCAGCUGCAUCACCUGUUUCCGGGUCAACCCAACGAAGACGUCGCAGCUGAUGGGGGAUUUGCCCUCAUACCGAGUCCAGCCAGCGCCAACGUUCGCCAGAACCGGAAUCGAUUUUGCUGGCCCGUUCUGGAUCAAAUCCAACGCUGCUGUGAGGAAACCAACGAUAACGAAGGGAUACGUCUGUCUCUUUGUUUGCCUGUGUACAAGAGCUAUCCACCUAGAGCUUGUAUCAAACCUUUCGUCCGACGCCUUCCUCGCUGCGCUGCGGCGCAUGGUGAGCCGUCGUGGUGUGCCCAGCACCAUUCUCUCGGACAACGGAACCAACCUGGUUGGUGGCAACAACGAACUUGAAGAGUUGGCUCGUCUCUUCCAGAACGAGCUACACCAGAAGAACCUGGACAGUUUCUGCAGCAGCAAGAACAUCGAGUGGCGAUUCAUCCCUCCCCGCAGCCCACACUUUGGAGGAAUUUGGGAGGCUGGGGUGAAGUCAAUGAAAUACCACCUCAAGCGGAUCGUUGGAGAGCGCCGACUCACCUUCGAAGAACUUUACACGACUCUCACCCAAAUCGAAGCAGUGCUCAACUCGCGGCCGUUAACGCAAUCGUCUGACGACCCGAACGACUUUACUGCCAUCACCCCGGCCCACUUUUUGAUUGGGAGAGAGUUACAAGCAAUUCCGGAACCGUCGUACCUCGCCCUGAAGGAAUCCACGCUGUCCAGGUGGCAACUGGUCCAGACGCUGCAACAACAUUUCUGGAAGAGGUGGACAAAGGAGUACCUUCCAGAAUUACAGAACCGUCAAAAGUGGUACAAGAAAACGACGAUCAAGCCGGGUGCCCUGGUGCUGAUUAUCGACCGCAACACGCCACCGAUGCAGUGGCCUCUCGCUCGGAUUGUGGCGCUGCAUCCGGGAAAGGACAACGUGACCAGAGUCGUGACGCUGAGGACGCCCAAGGGAGAGCUGAAGCGUGCAGUGCACGAGAUUUGUCUUCUACCGUUGGACCAGGAGGUCCAGCCGGAGGAGCAGCUGGCGAAGAAUUGA